CCGGUAGGGUUUGGGUUUGGGUUAGUUAAAUAAUCAUUUAACACCUCUUCCAUUUUCCAAAAAUGACGUCAUGUAGAUGGAAACAACUGCUGACCCAAAUUUCCGGUUGGAAAUGGCGUUGCACUUAUAUUCAUUUCACGUGACAUUUGUAUGCAUAUAUUACCAUUAUUUACAUACGUAGAUUAAAAUUAGUACGUAACAUUAUAAACAAUAACACUAACAUAAUAUUAGCAUAGUUCAAUACACACGCACAAUUCCGCUACCGAAGUGAAAUUCCAUUACUAUCACAAUCAAACUGGUUGCAAGGAUGGCAUACGGUCUACUGCAGACUAAAAUCCACCUGAUCAUUGGUCUGGCAGGACUUAAGAUAUUCUGUUUAGGUAUCUUGUUGUUUGCAUCGAGUUAUAUGAUAGAGGACCUGUUGCAAAGUGACAAGUUUGGCAACGACUUUGGAAAAAAUCAUUGUGAAUACUGGGCCGCAUUGCCGGUAAGCUAAAAUCUUCACUUUACAAAACGUCUAAAAUUAUAGUGGAAAAUUGGUUUGGGCCACUCUGAUCUAGUUUGUAUAUGUCAUUCAGCUGUGCGAUUUCUUCAGCAUCGUCCAAAACGUUGCUGAUAAUAUUACCGCUCAUUUACAUUACUGACAACUUUUGCUUAAAACUGUCGCAUGCAACUUGCUUACAACCCGAGUCGUACUGGGUAAAUCAAGCAUACUACUCACACCUAGGCUGUCCUAGGCGAAUUGUGUGUUUGAUUCACACAGUAGAACUGAAGUAGACGUAGUUGUAAGCAGAUUGCAUGCGACAGUUUUAAGCUACGUUUACACGCGCUACGAUUAAUCGUGUACAAUUCCGUAUUCUGGCGUAUUAAAAUGAGUGCUGGCGCCAUAAUUCAUUGCCGUUUCGUUAAAAAGAAAUUUCAAAUGUAGCCAGCUUACGCGUGUUUACUCGAUGACAUACGCCAGAAAACGAAUCGUAUACACGAUUAAUCGAAGCGUGUAAACGUAGCUUUAUGCAAACGUUGUGCGUUUAAAUAGGCCUUUAAUCUUACAUAUAUUAGCACUGAUGAAGAUCUGGGCUUAUGGAUAAAUAUACACACAAGGGUUGGAAUAAUUGUAUAGAGCGUUUGCACUCAUUCCCCAGGGACCAACUCAACAAAAGUCAUAGCGGCCAUGUUGGUGUUCCAGACAAAAGAGUCUAAUUAAAAUUCUUUUCAAUUGGAACAUCAACAUGGCGGCUGUGACGUCAUGUGCAAACGCUCUAUGGAAGGGAUUGUAGAUUGAGUAGAUGGAACGUUACGAGUGUGAAUUUUAUUCUAAUUAUACGAAACAUACAACUAUACUGUAGUUUUGGCCCUCUGUCAGAAAUCCAACCUUCCGGUAACAAAAUUUACAUGCACUCAAAAUUGUCAUCUAGUACGAAACCCUUCUACAAUCAGUUAUAUCGUGAGCAGAUGUCCAAAAUCACGGCUUUCGGUUGUGAAAGCUGUUCAAACGAUUUCAGCAAUGUUGGAGAAUGGUGGAUGUAAAGGUAACAACUCCCAAACAUCAGAAGGCAUCAAUAAACAAAUAGUGUUCAAAUAGGCGUAGCAAUCUUGGGUGAUAUUGGACUGUUGAACCCAGUUUAACUGUCCGCACGAGAGUGGAAAAGAUAAAAAAUUCAAAUUUCCAUGAUACAUGAUAUUUAUCUCACUUCUUCCCUUAUGGCGUAAUGUAGAGCAGCAGGAGUAAACCUAUGAUGUUUGGUAAAAUGAAACAGAAAGGCGCUCUUCUCGCAUCGGCAACCGAGGCGAAAUUAUCGUCAGAUCACGACAGUGCUAGUGCUGCCGUUUUGUUUUGCGACUGACUGUUCUUGAGUGUGGAAAACAUAAAAAAAUCAAAUUUCCAUGAUACACUGAUAUAUAUCUCUUCCCUAAAGGGGAAGAAGGGAGUAUAUUCUAUAUGGCAUAAUGUUAGUACGGGAGGAAACUAGAGCAUCAGGAGUAAAUCUAUGGUGUUUGGUGAAGUGAAAGACAGUCCUCUUCUCAGUUCUUCUCGCAUGCAACCGAGGCGAAAUUAUCAUCAGGUAACGACAUUGCUAGCGCGGCCGUUUUGUUUUGUGACUGUCAACUCUCAUCAACUCUGCUGCUCGUUUGAUUUGAAGCAUGCUUUCUAUUAACAUAACAUCGGUCGCAACUGUUAAGUCGUAGCAACCGACGUUAAAGCUUGCUUCACACUAUAGCAAUUUUGUCGGCGAUUUUGUAUUUCUGACGGAUGCAAAUGAGUGACCUCGCACACAAAAGUAUACAGUGGCUUUCAGUCCAAUUCUAAGUCUUUUGCAUGUCAUUCAUUCAAUCACAUUUGCCAGGACGAGAAAAAUCGCCGACAGAAUCGCCAGUGCAUGGGCCAGGCUUUAAUACUCUGCAUAUAUUUUGAUUAUUGUAUUGUAUGCAAAUCAGUCGUUGUUGACUGCAUGCAGUGAUAUAACGGUAUCAAACUGCGAGUUGAGAGACUCUCAGAAGUAUGAGCAGAACUUCCUCAGGUUUUGUUGUGUAAAUAUCAAGAUUUUUGACCUCACUCGAAAUGAAUAAUAUUUGAGGGUAUUGUAGAUGGAAAUAGACCUUUCCCCUUUUAAGUGAAAUUUUGAUCUAGACAAGUCUGGAGAAAAAUUUCGUCACAGCUUGAAAGAGCGUCACAAAAUUAUUAAUAUUACGAAAUUUUGUUGCAAAAUGUUGUAAAAUGUGGGUAAUAUAGCCUUGCGAAGUUUGGCGUUUUUCAGUCAUUUGGCAUUACAAACGGGAAAUUGAUAAUCAAUUUGAUCAUCUGAUUAUCAAUUUCCGUUUGUAAUGCAAAAUGACUGAAAAAUGGCAAACUUUGCAAGGCUAUAUUAUCCGCAUUUUACAACAUUUUGCAACGAAAUUUCGGAAUAUUACUAAUUUUGGGAUGCUCUUUCAAGCCGCUGUGAUGAAAUUUUUGUCCAGACUUGUCUAGAUCAAAAUUUCACUUAAAAGGGGAAAGGUCUAUUGUCGAGUGGAAAUUUAUAGACAUUUAUUUCAAUCUAAUGUAAAUAACAUAAUCUCUUUGUUCGAUUUCAUUAGCCCUUGAGAUUCGAUUUGGCACAAGAAACGUUCGACGUCUAAUACAAAUACAUGAAUUUGUGGCAUUAGCUCAGCAACUGGACCCUGUAGCUCGGCUAGUUAGACUAUGUGCACACGGUAACGUUUUCGAGCGUUUUCAUUUGUGUUAUCAUUUGUGUUUUCAUUUGUGUUUUCACGCUAAAACGGAUGCAAACACUUUCAAUUUACGGCAGAAGUUGUAGUUUAUUUAAUAUAUUGCACACUGCUGUACCUCAAAAAAUACAAGGACACCUACUGUAAUUUCUAAAACAAAGGUCGAGGGAAAAAGCUUUUUGCAAAACGAGUCAUGAGAUACCGAACUUCUUAUCUCUUCCGAUAUGUGAUUCCAUAAUUGAGCCCCACUAUGACUGAAUUUUUUUAGGUACAAUAAACAGUAGAGUCUGUUUCUGUAGAGUCUAAGUUUGGUUUAACUCAGCAGCGAAACAGUGCUACAAAACACGUAUAGCCUUGAGAGGCCACGUUUGCUUAAAUAACGUGCAUUGUUAUCCAAAUUUAUAAGUGGGGUGUAUCUGUAGAGCGUAGUAGGUUUGAUAAAGAUUUCUUUUUUUAUGGAUAUAAGAUGUCUAGUCGGCAUGCAUAAUAAUUCCACAACUUGUGAAAAAGAUACAAUCCAAAGGACAACUAUAUUGUAACACAAGUUGCGAAUGUAAUGAAAAGCAUAUUAAUUGACAAUUCCCAUUAUAGACUAAUUUUAAAACUAGGCAAGGAGAUGCAAAUAAAUCACCACAGCUAGAAAGAGCAUACUAAAAUUAGUAAAAUUACAACAAUUUGGUUGCGAAAUGUUGUAAAAUGUGGAAAAUAUAGCCUUGCAAAGUUUGCAAAUUUUGUAUACUUUUGUAUUGCUUGCGACAUUUUCGGCCUAAAUGUGGUAGGAAUAUCCGCAAAUACAAACUUUGCAAACUUUGCAAGGCUAUAUUUUCCGCAUUUUACAACAUUUCGCAACCAAACUUUGUAAUUUUACUAAUUUUAGUAUGCUCUUUCCAGCUGUGGUGAGUAUUAUUUGAGUUUCUUUACCUAAUUUUAAAAUUAGUCUAUAAUGGGAAUUGUCUAUUAAUUAAGCCAUAUUGAUAGCAAUAAAAGCAAAAUUUCUUCAAGCUCAUAUAUUACUCGGUGUAGUUUUUAUAACUUGGCCUUUCCUCCAAAUUCUGAUUUGUAUUUUCUUAUUAUAUAGACCAUUCUUACUGGAGUCAUUAUUAUUCUCUCGGUAACCAAACAUUUCAAACGAUAUCACAAAUUCUUGGUAAGGCUCCUUCAUAUUCUAGCAUUGAGCUUAAUAUUAUGACUGGAGUGCACUGAUGUAAUUAGCUCUAAUUCUAAUUCUAAUUUACUCAUGAAUUAUGAUUUUGAGAUGAAAACUUUAUCCAGUUCUAUGAUUUGAUGAACAAUUUAUUCAGUGGCCAAAGGCUAAUCAAAACUCUUUCUAGUGAAAACUUUAUGUGGUCAUACGAUUCAAUGAAAAAUUUUUCAAGUCUUAGUACUUGAUCAAAACUUUAUCUAAUCAUAAGACUUAAUUAAAACAUUAUCCAGUCCUAGGACUGGAUCAACUUCCCCAGCCGGUAUUCCAGUAUUAUCAUGUGAGCGAAAUAAAGUAAAAUGAUUAGCGAACUUACUUAUGCGUUAUUAACGAGUUUGAUAUACGUCAUGACAUAGAGCUACCUGAGGACAUGUUGCACUCUUAUCGUAAUGGUUCUCGCUCUGGGUGUUAUGAUUGAAGAAGCUGGUGACAAUGGCUGGUCGCAUUCGCUGGCUGAUGGAUAUCAUUGCAAGAACUUAGAGCACCCUGAUAUCCACGAAGAUCAAGAAUCCUUCCAAGAUCGCAAGGAAACAUGCGAGAUAUUGAUCAAAGCUGACAAGUGGUUUUAUGUGAUGCUGUUUACUUCUGAUAUUGUGCUGGUUGUGUCUAUAAUUGCUCUGUUUGCUAUGUUUGCCGAAUGGAUGGUUUUCACUGCUUUGGUAAGGAACAGUUUACUAGUGAUUGCGGAGUUUUCCUUGAUGGAAAUUGUGAGUGAAAAUGUAUAUAAAAUUGCUCCCCACGCCACACCUACAGUCCCUCUUCCAAACAAUGUGCCCAUAAUCCCUCCUCCCACCAACUGCCCUCCACGCCCAAAAUCCCUCCUCCCACCAACUACCUACCACCCCUACAGUCCCUCCUCCAUCACCCCCACCCCACACACAGUACGUUCUCCCACCAACUGCCCCACCACCCCCAACCCCUCCUCCAACCAACUACCCCUCCCACCCCAUCACUCCUCCCACCAACUACACCCCCACACAAUCCCUCAUCCCACCAACUGCCCGCCAUGCCCCACAACCCCUCUUCCCAACAAAUACUUUAACUUUCUCAUGUCUUAUUUCCUUGCAGAAGACAUCUGAAAACGGAGAACAUUCCGUGCAAAUAAGUGAGAGAUAUGAAAGAUUCUCUUCUUCGGAACCCCAAGAAGAAAAUACACAGCAGAUGUGGGAAGGCGAAAGUGGAGACAAAAUACCAUUGCACCCAGUUUAAGAAACAGACGUGUUUUCUCGAUCAAGUACAUAGCACAAACAAACUGAAUGCUGAGACGGAAUUCACGCACAUCCGUAUGGUAGGAUAACCAUACUUUUCAAGUUACAUAGGAAAAAACAUGUGAUUGAUAGUAAAACUACUUUAGUCAUGCACUUGAUGAUUCUAUUUGUAAAUGAUUUGACAGAUUAAACAAUCUCUUAUCAUUAAAAUAUUCAGGUUUUAAAAUUGGCAAAUAAAAUGGUUUAUCCAGUCUGACUAUAGUGAUACUAAGUUCUUUGUAUGUUUGCAUGGUGAUAAAAUAUAAUAGUUUUGUUUGUGGAAACACC